AUGGCAGCUCGGAGGGGAGGCAGGCAACUUUCUCAGCACAGACACCACAGCAAACAGAGGGGCACAAUAGCUGGCCCAGGCUUAGAUUACUGCAACAAAGGUAGCCUAUCUUUUCGAAACCUGCUCUUUGUAAAAGCUGUUCCGAUUCCCCCAGCCCGCCGCCUCACCAUGCAGGACGUUUACUCGGAAGGGAAACCCAAACUUGAUGUCCUGAGGGCUCACUUCAUUAAAGAAGGGAGACUGGAGGAAGAUGCUGCCAUCAAAAUUAUUGAGGAUGGAGCUGCUAUCUUUCGCAAGGAGCGGACGCUUAUCGAAGUGGAUGCCCCCGUCACAGUUUGUGGUGACAUUCACGGUCAAUUCUAUGACCUGAUGAAGCUAUUUGAAGUGGGUGGCCCACCCAGCAACACUCAGUAUCUGUUCCUUGGAGACUACGUAGAUCGUGGCUACUUCAGUGUUGAGUGUGUGCUGAUGCUCUGGGUUCUGAAGAUUCACCAUACUAGUACGAUGUUUCUGCUACGGGGGAAUCACGAAUGUAGACAUCUCACUGAAUAUUUUACCUUCAAGCAGGAAUGCAGGAUCAAGUACUCGGACCAUCUCUACAACGCCUGCAUGGGUGCGUUUGACUGUCUCCCCUUGGCUGCAAUAGUUAAUCGUCAGUUCCUGUGUCUGCACGGGGGCCUCUCACCCGAUGUGCACACUCUAGAUGACAUCAGGAGAUUAGACAGAUUUAAAGAGCCACCAGCCUUUGGGCCUAUGUGUGACUUGCUGUGGUCAGACCCAACAGAGGAUUACGGCAACGAAAAGACACCAGAUCACUUCAGUCAUAAUACUGUACGAGGCUGCUCCUACUUCUUUAGUUAUGCUGCAGUUUGUCGCUUUUUACAGCACAACAACUUGUUGUCAGUAAUCCGUGCACAUGAGGCUCAGGAUUCCGGGUACCGAAUGUAUCGGAAAAACCAGGCAACUGGCUUUCCAUCUUUAAUAACCAUUUUCUCUGCACCAAAUUAUCUAGAUGUCUAUAAUAACAAAGCUGCUAUAUUGAAAUAUGAAAAUAAUGUGAUGAAUAUUAGGCAAUUUAACUGCUCCCCUCACCCUUACUGGCUUCCAAACUUCAUGGAUGUCUUCUCCUGGUCUCUGCCCUUUGUUGGCGAGAAAGUUACAGACAUGCUGGUCAACAUCCUGAACAUCUGUACUGACGACGAGCUCCUGGAUGACGAGGAUGCUUUGCAGAAUGAUCGCAAGGAAGUUAUCAAGAACAAAAUCCGUGCAAUUGGCAAGAUGGCCAGAGUCUUCACUGUUCUCAGAGAGGAACAUGAAAAUGUACUGACGUUAAAAGGCUUGACUCCAAGCGGCACCCUGCCUUUAGGUGCCUUGGCAGGAGGAAAACCAACCUUGGAGAAAGCAAUGACUGAUGCAGUAUCCUCUAAUUCAGGGAGAGGUUCGCUGCAGAGGAUCAGCUUUGAACAGGCCAGGGGCUUGGACCGGAUCAAUGAAAGGAUGCCUCCCCACAAGCCGCAGAUGAUGAAUCAGCCCCAAGCUCCAUCUCCGACUCCUCCACCAGCUCCAACUCAGGCCCAAACGCGAGCUCAGACCCAAGCUCGGGCUCAGGCUCAGGCUCGAGCCCAGGCCCAGGCACAGAUGAAAUGGCCCCCUCAGGGUUACCAAGCUACCCGUGGACUGCAAAACGCCUCCCCACAGCAGCAGCAGGUACCUGGGCGAGUCCCAUUUAGCACCAACAUAUCUGCUGAUCGCCGGCAGCAAGCAAUGGGCCAGCGCCCCAUGCCCACACAGCCAGGGAUGCCAACUGCCAAGAACACCCAGGGAAUGAAAGGAAAAGAUAAGAUGGCACACUAACAGUUCACCUGCCCUUUGUCAUAGGGGCAAUGAGGUCCUAUUUAUUUAUUGUAAUUGCUUGGGAGUGUCCUGAGACCCAUAGCUCCCAGCCUGUCCCUUCACCUCUGUUGUGAUCGAUGCCCAGUUUUACUGGAAUAUUGAGAAAUUUGAUCUCUUUGACUUCGCCUCCCUCUUGGACUGAAGUGACUGGAGAAAAGCCGACUGACGUAGCCCUUGAGUUUGCGCGGGCCUUGCUAAGUUUUCUGAAGGAGCAUUCUGGGGAAUGUGUGGUGCAUUUGGGAAGUGCAUAACUAUCUCAGUCCCGCUCGUGAGUCAUCUUCGCAUUGAGUGCCCAAGUCUGAUAUUUGUUCUCACCCUGGUUCAGGGUGUUGAGGGGAGAAGGACUGGACUACUUGCUUGUGUUGCACUGCAGUAGACAAUGACAGACAGGGAACCCAGAAGGAUAUCAGUGUGUUCUCGAAAGCAUCACUUGCCUCCUUUGUGAUGACUGACCUGCCAUUGCCCACUCCCCUGUGCAGGCCCUUUUUACCUGCUACCUUCACCUAUACUUGCAAUGACUUGUACCAUUUCAGCUGGUGAGGCUGAGGACAUAUGCGCAGAGCUACUCAGCUCUCCUGUCUGUUCAUUUUCAGCCACCUGAACAGUCCUGCCCACGGACAACUCUAUCCCAGUUCCCAAUGAGUCGUCAUCAGCUUUUUUACAAAUCUGGCUCCGAUUUGUUUUUUUUUUAUUGUGGCUCAUGGGAAGCCUUUUGGAAAAAGGAAGCAUGGAAACAAAAUUGAUUUGUUCCAAGUUUUUAUUUAAAAAAAAACAAGCCUGUUAUAUGGUACAAUGUCUGUAUCCCAUCUUGAAACUUCAUUGUAAAAUGAAUGAACCUGUAUGUGUGAACUAGAUUGAAUCCUGAUGAAUUGGGAAGGUCAGCUCGAGAAAGAUGUUCUGUCAUGAACUCUGGUGUUGUCUUUGGGGACAUGUCUCUGAGCUGGUGCCCGUCUGUGAGGUCAGUUGAAAAGUGACUGAAAUCAACUCACUCUGUCCUGUUUCUUCUUCUCUGCCUUGCCUCUGUCUUUCUCCCCAUUGUAUCUGCCACUCUGUCUGUCUCUCUCUGUCUCCAUUCCUUUCCCCUACUGUCUGUAUCUGUCCACUCUCUCAAUUGCUUUCUUCCCCAUUUUUUCUUAUUCUAACUGACUGUCUGUCUGUCCUCCCACCCAUGUUGCACAUUGUCUCUCGCUUGAUAGCACUGUCAGUAAUCAGGAGACUCCUGCAGUGUUCUUGUAACCAAGCUCUCAGUGUUGUACAUUUGGAAAUCUGAUUGUUUGGGUUCUGCUCUGCAGAUUACAUCUUCUUGGUCAAACUUGUCCUAUUUCGGUAUUGAGUUCAAGAUGCUGCAGUGCUUGAGGAGAUGAUCAGAGAGAGAACAGAUCUGAGAUCUUUGGUAUACAUCUUUUAUCACCUCGCCUUUCGGAUGGAAAAUUAACGGUUCUUGAAGUUGAAGAGCUGGUGAUAGUUAUUCUUCCCAAACCUGUGAAAGGGUUGGGCCACAAAGACCCUCUGGAACAUUACUCCCACAGUUCAGAUAUGCUUGCUUUAAAACCCUGCUUUAUCUGGGAAAUGAUGUUCAGACCUCGUUACCCAAUGAAAGCUCAUCCACGAGAUUGCAUGAACCAAGAAAAUCUAGGCUGCACUGCACAAUUGUUAACUGAUGUCACUCAGUUUCCCAAAGCAAAAGUUACAUUUUUGGUUCCCUCUCUGAAGAGUGCUGAAAGUAAAUUUAAUGAGCUGCAGGAUCUCUGCCACUGACUGUCUGAGAAAAACAGCGACCAUCCAGUGUUUGCAAAUUUCGGAUCUUUAGUGUGCAAGUCUGGAAAAUUUUUCCCAGUGUGUGCUUUCAUUGUCUUGCAAUGUCUGUUUGCAGGGCUCUUCGUUCGAGUCCCUCUGUACUUAAUGGCAACACACCGACAAUUCUAGACUGUACUGCAGCCUUUGCAAAGAAUCCUAAAUCACCCUGAACAAAGGGAGUCUGCUCUGAAACAGUGUUGCAGUACCCACCCGAAACUGUUGGCACAAAUCAGUGUCACUGCCUUUGGAGGCAGUGGUGCAUUGAUUAGCAGGACAAUUGUCCUAAGACAGCAGUAUUGGGUUUGUUGUAGCUCUGAAUGAAAAGGUCCUCCAGAUGACGAUCACUUUGUGAAUAUUCCAGAUGUUUGGCAGCCAACAGUCACAAAAUGUCAGUUUGACUGCAUGUGGUCAGGCCCAUACAUCAAAGU